AUGUCGAUGUCUAAGAGUUCGAAGAUGCUUCAGUUCAUCAACUACAGGAUGCGAGUCACGAUCCAAGACGGAAGACAACUCGUUGGGAAGUUCAUGGCGUUCGAUCGUCACAUGAAUCUCGUUCUCGGAGAUUGCGAGGAGUUUCGUAAGCUUCCACCAGUUAAAGGUAAGAAACUCAACGAAGAACGAGAAGAUCGCCGUACGCUUGGUUUGGUUUUGCUUAGAGGUGAAGAAGUUAUCUCCAUGACUGUCGAAGGACCACCUCCUCCUGAAGAAUCUCGUGCUAAAUCUGGCUUAGGAAGUGCCGUUGCUGGUCCAGGAAUCGGUCGUGCCGCUGGUCGUGGAGUACCGACUGCUCCUCUUGUUCAAGCUCAGCCUGGACUCUCUGGUCCAGUUCGUGGUGUUGGUGGACCAGCUCCGGGAAUGAUGCAGCCUCAGAUCUCUCGUCCUCCGCAACUUUCGGCUCCUCAGAUUAUUCGACCUCCAGGACAGAUGUUGCCACCGCCUCCAGCUUUUGGUGGUCAAGGUCCUCCUCAGAUGGGACGUGGUCCUCCUCAAGGUCCUCCUCCGCCUUACGGUAUGAGGCCACCGCCGCAACAGCAGUUUCCUGGACCACAGUAUGGACAAAGGCCAAUGGGACCUCCUCCUGGUGGUAUGAUGAGAGGACCUCCACCACCACCUCAUGGUAUGCAAGGACCGCCACCACCUCGUCCUGGAAUGCCUCCUCCUCCUGGUGGUGGGUUUGCUCCACCACCGCGUCCUGGAAUGCCACCACCACCGCCUAAUCAACAUAAUCAGCAGCAGUGA